AUGCCUUCUGCUCGUGACAGAUUGGCGGAGCUGAGGGCGCUUCGUGCCUCUGGCAAGAAACGUAUUUCCACUUACGAGAUCGAGGACCAGGGCGACAUUUACGACGAGGUGGACGACGACGGCUAUAAAAAAGUCAUCCGCAGUCGCUUGGAUGAAGACGACUUUGUUGUCGACGACAACGGUGCCGGCUAUGCUGACGACGGCCGUGAAGUAUGGAACGAACGCACGGAGGAAUACGACAGCGAAGACAGCGACGAACUGCCAGCCCGUGGCAAAGCAGCCAAGCGAAAGCGCGAAGAAGAGAAGCAACGGAAGGAGAAGAUCAACAAUGGCAUCUCCAAGUACUUCAAUGCCGGUCAAGCCACGACAAAUGCACCCAAGCCCAAGCCCGUUGCUACUGCUGAGGAUGAUGCCUUCAUGGCAGAUCUUCUCGGCGAGGUCGAUACAAACGUGGUAUCCAACAAAGUCCCUACCCCGAGCAUUGUUAAAUCCGAGGCCCGUCGCAAGGUCCGCGUCCUAUCCCCGCCCUUAUCAGAGAAACGUCGACAAAAGGCCCACGCAAGAGACGAAAACGAUGCCCCUAGCUCUCCGCCAGUAAAGGAGCAGCCCCUUCACUCCGACGACCUCGAUGAUGACCCGCUUCUCAUGGCCGACGACGACGACGUAGACAUGGGCGACCCCAUGCCUUCGUCCCCCAUCAGCAAAGCUGUCGAGCGCAAGAACGUAACAGUUCCGGUCAAGGCCGAAGAGCCGGAUGAAGAUGACAUUGACAUGAUGGACGUUGCGGAGGCUACUGUCUCUUCAAACAUCAAGACAGCCAGUGUCAACAUGACCGGCAGUCGGCCACCUCCCAAGCUCAAGAAGGAGGUCCUUCCCACACCCGCCAGCUCAUCACCCGCCAAAGCUGCGCCGGAGGUCAUGGAUCCUUCUUGGAAUGACGUGCGAAGCAAGCUGAACGUUCUCAACAGCCCUGCACCGGAGAUGCGCUCAUUCGGAAAGCUGGGUGCUCAGGAUGUUGUCGAGGAAGACGGCAGCCUACGCUUUUUCUGGCUGGACUAUACUGAGGUCAAUGGGGCUCUUUGUCUGUUUGGAAAGGUCAAGAAUAAGCAGAAUGGUUCCUACGUUAGUGCGUUCGUCAAGGUCGACAAUGUCCUGCGAAAGCUCUACUUCCUCCCUCGUGAGAACAGAGUCAAGCAUGGAAGAGAGACUGAAGAGGAGGUCGGUAUGGAAGAUGUCUACCAGGAAGUUGACGAGACGAUGUCGCGGAUGAAGGUCGGCAUGCACAAAAUCAAGCCUUGCACUCGAAAGUACGCAUUCGAGAUGCCCGGUGUUCCCAAAGACGCCGAAUACUUGAAACUUUUGUAUCCAUAUAACAAGCCCGCGCUUCCCAUGGAAAUCAAGGGAGAGACUUUUUCGCACGUCUUUGGCACCAACACUUCCCUCUUCGAACAAUUUGUUCUGUGGAAGAAUAUCAUGGGCCCUUGCUGGCUGAGGAUUGAUGAGGCUGAUUUUUCGGCGGUCAACAACGCCUCCUGGUGCAAGUUCGAGUGUCAGGCAUCCAAGCCAGCGCUCAUCACCUCCGUCCCAGACUCUGAGAACCUGGAGAUGCCGCCGUUGACCCUGAUGAGUUUGUCUUUCCGAACCCAGCUCAACGUGAAGGAGAAUAAACAGGAAAUCCUGUUGGCCAGUGCUCGGGUGUAUGAGAACAUCUCUUUGACAGACACAACUCCGCCCGAGAAGCUUCCUUGCAAGACUUUCACUGUGAUGCGCCCUUCUGGUACCUCAUACCCGAUGCAUUUCGAGGCAGAGACCCGAAAGCAGCGUGGUACCUUCAUGCUGGAGAAAAGCGAGCAGUUCCUGCUGAGCAAAUUCCUGGCCUUGUUUGAGAAGAUGGAUCCCGAUGUCAUCAUGGGUCACCAGCUACAAGAUGUUGACCUCAGUAUUCUCCUUAACCGCAUGCGAGAAAAGAAGACUCCUGGGUGGCACCGCAUUGGCCGACUCAGACGUGGCGAUUGGCCCAAGAACUUCAACAGGGGUGGUAGCUUCUUUGCCGAGAGGCAGCUUAUCGCCGGGCGACUGCUCUGUGAUACUGCUAAUGAUAUGGGCAAGUCUCUGAUGAUGAAAUGUCAAUCGUGGAGCUUGACCGAAAUGUGCCAACUAUAUCUUGGCGAGGGCAACAGUCGUCAAGAUCUGGAUGUUGAAGCGGCCCUGAAGACAUGGGCGUCCACGAAAGAGGGACUCAUGAACUUUGUCAACCAUGCUGACACCGACACUUACUUCAUUGCUGCCCUGGUGCUGCGUUUGCAAAUGCUGCCGCUCACCAAGGUGCUGACGAACAUUGCCGGUAAUUCUUGGGCGCGUACUCUGAGUGGUACCCGUGCCGAGCGUAACGAGUACAUUCUGCUGCACGAAUUCCACCGCAACAAAUACAUCUGCCCGGACAAGUACUCCUCGCGUCUGCAGAAGGCCGAGGAGAAGCUAAUGCAGGAUGGCGAUGACGAUGAGACCGUCGACAAGAAAAAGAAGGACAAGUACAAGGGUGGUCUUGUCUUCGAGCCCGAGAAGGGCCUCUAUGACCGCUUCGUUCUGGUCAUGGAUUUCAACAGUCUGUACCCUAGUAUCAUCCAGGAGUACAACAUUUGUUUCACAACAGUCGAUCGACAUUCUCAAGCAGAGAACGAGAACGAGGAGCAAGUGCCUGAGGUACCCUCAUCAGACUCGGAACAAGGCAUUCUUCCGCGACUCAUUGCCACUUUGGUCGGUCGUCGACGCGAGGUCAAGAAGCUGAUGAAGGAUAAGCGUGCCACGCCUGAGCAGCUUGCUCUGUGGGACACGAAGCAGCUUGCGUUCAAGCUCACUGCCAACUCCAUGUACGGAUGUUUGGGUUACACCCAGAGUCGAUUCUACGCUCGGCCUUUGGCCAUGCUUACCACCUUCAAGGGUCGUGAGAUUCUGAGAAGUACCAAGGAGCUGGCGGAAAGCAAUGAUCUGCGUGUUAUAUACGGUGAUACUGACUCCGUCAUGAUCAACACCAACAUGGAUACCAUCAGCGAUGCGCUCAAGGUCGGCGAAGAGUUCAAGAAGGCUGUCAACGAACGGUAUCGGUUGCUGGAGAUCGAUAUUGAUAAUGUCUUCCGCCGGCUUCUAUUGCAUGCCAAGAAGAAGUAUGCUGCUGUGAACCUUACCGAGGUCGACGGCAAGUACGUCGAGAAGCUGGAGGUCAAGGGUCUGGACAUGAAGCGCCGUGAAUACUGUGCUCUUUCCAAGGAAGCUUCGGCGAGACUUCUGAACGAAGUCCUGUCUGGGGAGGAUCAGGAGGUUGUUCUCAACAGGGUUCAUGACUACCUGCGAGAGCUCGCUGAGAAGAUGAAGGAGUUUACCAUUCCGGCUCAAAAAUAUGUUAUUUACACGAAACUUUCGAAACGACCUGAUGAAUACCCCAACAAAGAAAGCAUGCCUCCAGCACAGGUUGCCCUCCGAGAUAUCGCCCGUGGCAAGAACGUCCGACCGAACGAUGUCAUUUCGUAUAUUGUGACAAGUGGAGAUUCGGAGACAGCAUCUCUUCCUCCCGCCAAGCGAUCCUACAGCCCGCAAGACGUGCUGAAGUCGAAUUCGGGGCUGAAGCCUGAUGUUGAGUUCUAUCUGCUCAAGCAAAUCUUCCCUCCUAUCGAGCGUCUGUGUGCCCCGAUCCCUGGCACCGAUGCUGUCCGUCUUGCCGAGUGUCUUGGACUUGAUGUUCGCAAGUACCAAAUCAACACUUCCAGUGCAAGCAACCAGCAAAAUGCGGAGAUCUUCCCUCUGGAGUCCCAGAUCCCAGACUCCGUCCGCUUUGCCGAGGCUGCGCGGUUGACCCUGCGGUGCCGAUUCUGCAAGGAGCAGUCAGUCUUCGAGGGUCUGGUGGGAUCGUCACAAAUGUGUUCUGCAAGUGGCAUUGUCUGCCCGAAUCAGAAUUGUCAGAAGCCCUUCGCAGUCUUGACCAUCAUCGCCCAGCUGGAAAGCCAGAUCCGUGAACAGACCGCCCGUUACUACGAAGGGUGGCUUGUCUGUGAUGACUCGGCCUGUGGCAACCGCACCCGCCAGAUCAGCGUUUACGGACACCGCUGUCUAGGCCCGCGCGGCCGCGCCGAGGGCUGUCUGGGUCGGAUGUCGUACGAGUACACCGAGAAGCAGAUAUACAAUCAGCUUCUAUACUUUGCCGGCCUCUGGGACGUCGACAAGGCCAAGGCUGCCGCCACCAAGGAAGCCGGGGAGAAGAAAGAUAGCGUGGCAGCGCUGGCCGAGUUCAACCGGACACGCUUUGCCACUAUCAAGACGGUGGUGGACGGCUACCUGAAGAAGUGCGGUCGGCAAUGGGUCGAGAUGGACACUAUUUUCCGCUUCAUGUUACAAUAA